AUGGCGCGCUUCAGGAGGGCAAAGGAUCUGACCUGCUUCUACUGUGGGAAGCGAUCAGGCAUCAAGUUUGACGGCGCAAUUCGCGACUUCCUGUGCCUGCACUGCGAUGCGACGAAUUAUCUGGAUGAGAAUGGCGAAAUUACAGACCCUCGCGUCGCAACCGAGCACGAAGCAGUAACCGUGCAAUACGCCGCGCCGCAACCACUCGCGCCUUUGCAAACCAAGGACAUUUUCUGUCAAACGUGUCUUAAAAACCAGCAUUUAUUCACCAAGUCACUCGCGCAAUACUUUCCCGACGACCCUUCGGACCCCGACUACCCCGAGCUCGAGCGCAGUUACUACCGCUAUCGGCGGAACCUCGAGAAACGAUAUCCGCAAGUAUGCAGCAAUUGCGCCCACCGUGCCGAGGAAAGAAUACGCGAAGCUGGCUAUACCGCCAAGACGGAUCAUUUGCGACGUAUGAUGAGUUUGAGCCGAGGCCGGAGGACGAGAACGAGGACAGCGCUCGAUUGGGUCAACACGUUGGGGAAGACGCUGUGGCGAACAGGCUUCAUCUUGCAAAUGUUGUGGCAUUUUGCCAUGGCAACGCAGGCACUACAACAGAGCGAUGAUGGAAUGCAUGAUCCAGACCAGCAGAGUCUUCACGCGACGGGUAUCGCGUGGCUCAACCUGGCUGUCGACUUUCUUCCCGCUGCAGCUACCUUGAUUCAGUCGAGUAUAUGGAUUGCUAUUCUGGCCGUGUGGUGGAACCCACACUUUGUACAGGUAAAUCGGGGAUUUACCAGGCAUUUGCUGGGACUCACCCAGUGGUAUUCGUUCCAGGGAUUGAUCAUUUUCUUCCGUUUCAUCUUCCGCGACGUGGUUGAUGCGCAUGCGCAAUCCACAGACUCUGGCACAGCCAAGCUCGGCGCCCAUGUCGCCAUGGUUAUGGUCACGACGGUGAUUUACGUGCUGGGGGGGCGGUCGAUUCGUGUAGACACGUCACCCUUGUUUGCGACCGAAGACAGACCGCUGAUAUCGAGAGAAGUGGAAUCGGCCACGCAGAGAAGAACGGACGAUUCCAAAACCUUUUCUGAACUCGUCAACGAUGCGCUUGAUUCUGCAAACACAACACCUCAAAAGUCAAUCAUGAUUGACCAGGCGCCGUCUCCUCAACAAUCAUUCAGCCCCUCGGGACCAGACUUUGGAAAAACGAGGCCAACCGAGACACCCACAAAGCGGACACAGCAGCUACAGUACGACGAAGAAAUGGACUGGUCGCCAAUCAUUCCACAGCACCGAGCUUUGACCGACAGCCAGGCUUCUUUGACGAGCAAGUUUGGCCCGACGAAUGGUGGACAUUCCCCGCUUCCAGAAGCAAAGAGCCCUUUCUGGUGCAAGGUUCCAGCGGCCCCCGUGAAUCCAGCUCAACGAUUGCGAAAUCCCGUCUGGUCACCAGCCCCGAAGCGUGAACCUCCAGAGACUGGCAAAGUAAUGUUUACAAGGAGGGGACAUCAGCCAACGUCGUCUCCGGUGACUGUUGGCAGCGAUCUGAAGGGUGGCGUUGAAUUCAAGCAGCCCAGGUUUUUUGCGCCGCAGAAAGACCAUGAUGCCAGCUCCUUGGCGGAUCUACUCAGCCAGAGUUUUACGCUGGGACAGGAUCAACAAGAAACUGCCGAGAUUGCGGCAGAACAAAGCGGCUCAACCACCAUGGUCAAAAGAAGCUCCCAAUUUACCAUCCAGCACAGCCUGGAGUCGACCGUUGUUACGGUCCUACUACUCAUCGACCGAUGCGGAAAUCACAGUCUUUUGCGCUUGACAAUCUACAAUCUACCCGCAGCUAGAAGAGCCCUGCUUUUCGACCUCUGCACGGUUAUUUUUCAAGCAUGUACUCACGGAACGAGUGACUACGGAUCGCAGCUUACGAUGGCCGCUGUAGGCGCCUGCAUUGCCCCUCAAAUCGCGGCAGGAGAUACCGCCGGACUCGUCGGCGCGAGCUUGUUGGCGCUCAGCGAUGCCAUGCGCAACUGCGCGGCCACCGGCUCCCCGGGAGCCUUGCUCAGCGCACCGAGAUCGCCUGCAGGAUUCCCGACGGCAAUCCCACUCGAGGGGCUGGCCGAGGUCGGGACCCCUCCGGUCACCUCGGAGACAGGAUCCAUGCGGAGAUCCAUGUUCAUGUGCUCGCCCAGCGGGUGA